AUGUCUCGUUUCUUUGCAGAUACUUAUGAAUAUGAUAGUGCUACUUCGUCUUCAGAAGAGGAUUUGUUAUCAUCAUCUGAAGAGGAAUUAUUAUCUUCUUCCUCCGGUGAAGAAGAUAAUCAAUCUGAUGAUUCUUUAUUUAAUGAAUCUGAGUCUGAAUCUGAUUUUGAUUCAGACGAUUCUGACUCAAAACCAUAUGGUCCGGACUGGUUCAAGAAAUCUGCAUUCAGAAAAGGUGGAAGUUCCACUGCUAAUAAAUUUUUAAAAGGAAAUGCAGAUUAUUCAAGUUCUGAUGAAUCUGAUGCAGAAGGUAAAAGAGUCGUCAAAUCUGCUAAGGAUAAAUUAUUAGAUGAAAUGACCGCUGUAUUUGAUAAAAUUGAAACUGCUGAAAUGUCUGAAGAUUGGGUAACCAUAUUAAAUGAAUUUGACUUAAUCAGUCGUCUAUUGAUCAGAGCUCAACAACAAAACAUGGGUAUUCCAAGAAUCUUCAUCAAAGUUGUUGGUCAAGUAGAGGAUUUGGUUGGUUCUACCGAUCAAUCUGAAAUCAAAAAUAAAGCAGUGGCAAGAGCUUACAACACCGUUAGACAAAGAGUUAAGAAAGUUGCCAGAGAAAAUGAAGAAUUAAUGGCCAAGUUAAAAGAAGAUCCAGAGUUCUUUGAUAAAGAAGCUACCGUUGAUCUUGAAUCUUCUGUUGCAGACAUGGAAGCAACUCCUUUCGGUGCCAACAAGGCUAAGACAUUAGCUUCUUUGGCUACUGCCACUUCCGAAACUAGUUUCUUCACCGCACUACGUAUUGUCAUUGACUCUAGAGGUAAGAAAAACACUAACCAACAAGAUUUAAUCAAAAUAUUAGAAGAAUCCUUAUCCAUCGCUAAAACUUCCUACGAAUCAAUAAUGGCCUACUUGACUUUAAUACCAACAAGAUUUGAUGCUUCUUCAAACUUAUCAUAUCAACCAAUCGAGCAAUGGAAAGCUUCUUACAAUGACAUCAUGGCUUUAUUUUCUAUUUUAGAUAAGAACAUUGACACUUACCAAGUCACUGAAUUGGCUCUUCCUAGCGAAUCAAUUGAAGAUGAACCAGAAGCUGAUCAAAAUGGUAUCAAGAAAAUCUUGGGUUCCAUCUUCUCUUUCGUUGAAAGAUUAGAUGAUGAAUUCAACAAAUCCUUAUUAAACAUCGACCCACAUUCAAGUGACUACUUAGUUCGUUUGAGAGAUGAACAAUCUAUUUACAACUUAAUUUUGAGAACUCAACUGUAUCUAGAAGCUAUCUUGCCUGAAGAACAGAAGGAAAGAUUAUUAUCCCGUGUCUUCGUUAAGAGACUAGAUCAUAUCUAUUACAAGUCUGAAAGAUUAAACACUUUCAUCGAAACCAACGCCUGGAAAACCAUACCAUCUAACUACAAAUCUAAGUACAUCGCUCACGAUGGACCAGUGGAUAAUGACUACAUUAAAAGACUUGUUUUCACUAUCUCUGACGUUUUAACUAAACAAGAAGAUUCUUUCCUACGUACUCGUGCUAUCUUAUACCGUGUCUACUUCACUGCAUUAAAUGACGAUUUCCAUACUGCCAAGGAAAUGCUACUACAUUCUAAUAUCCAAGCUGAUAUCAGUAAGAGCAAUUCAUCCCUACAAAUUUUAUUCAACAGGGUAGUUGUUCAACUAGGUCUUUCUGCAUUCCAAUCAUGUUUGAUUGAAGAAUGCCACCAAGUUUUGAAUGAGUUAUUAGCAAGCACUCAUUUGAAAGAAAUCUUGGGUCAACAAAACUUACAAAGAGUCAGCUCCACUAUUGACGAACGUGAACAACAAUGCCUACCAUAUCAUCAACACAUAAACUUAGAUUUAAUUGAUGUCAUUUUCAUGACAUGCUCUUUAAUCAUCGAGAUUCCACAAAUGGCUGCCUAUUACUCAGGUAUUAAAGUUAAAAGGUUGCCAUACUCUCAAAAAUCCAUCCGUCGUCUACUAGAACAUCAUGACAAAUCAACUUUCCAAGGUCCACCAGAGACUUCCAGAGAUUUUGUCAUGUAUGCUGCUAAAUCAAUGCAAAAGGGUGAAUGGGAAAAAUCAGUCAAGUAUCUACAAAACAUCAAGGCCUGGAAAUUCUUACCGAACGCUUCAACUGUUAUGGACUCUCUUACCGAGAGGAUCCAAAUCGAAUCAUUGAAGUCAUACUUCUUCACAUACAAAAGAUUUUACUGCAAAUUUUCAACUAGCACUUUAUCAACCGUUUUCGAUUUGCCAACUGACAAAAUUGUAGAAGUCCUUCAAUCUGUCAUUGAUGAAUUUGAAAUCCCAGCUAAGUUUGAUGAGAACAAAGCCAUCUUGAUAGUUGAAAAGGGUGAAGAAAUUACAAAGUUAGAAGAGGUUGCUCUAAGAUUGAAUAAAGAAUACAAAAUCAAUAAAGAACGUUUAUAUGCUCCUCAUCGUAGUUAA